GGAUUAACGCGAAACCCCUCUGCCCCUAAUGAAUCACAAUGGAGACUAAAUAGGAGCUCGAGCGACUUCGGGCGUUUUAAUUCAUGUAUGACAUAAAGUUAGACUUUUUACAAGUUGCGACGGAAAUCGCUCGCAUUCACACUUUGACGCGUCGUCCUCGCCAGUGAAAGGGAAGUUGCGGACAGAGCCGCGAAGUGUUCCCACAAGUGUCUUUUUCGAACAAGGAAAUCGUCUCCGGCUAACGCUAUGUAGCGAGCUAAUCUCACUCGUCCGCUCGCGAACUCUGCUAGCUCUCGUCCCCACAGGCUGCGAUCGAUCCCCUCGCCGAGGCAUGACCGAGUACAAACUGGUGGUGGUGGGGGCCGGGGGCGUGGGGAAGAGCGCGCUCACCAUCCAGCUCAUCCAGAACCACUUCGUCGACGAAUAUGAUCCAACCAUCGAGGACUCGUACAGGAAGCAGGUGGUGAUUGACGGGGAGACGUGUCUGUUGGACAUCCUGGACACUGCGGGUCAGGAGGAGUACAGCGCCAUGAGGGACCAGUACAUGAGGACAGGGGAGGGCUUCCUCUGUGUGUUUGCCAUCAACAACUCCAAGUCCUUUGAGGACGUUCACCUCUACAGAGAGCAGAUCAACAGGGUGAAGGACAGCGACAGCGUUCCCAUGGUGCUGGUGGGGAACAAGAGCGACCUGAGUACCCGCACUGUGGCGACGCAACAGGCACAGGAGCUGGCGCGGAGCUACAGUGUGCCGUUUGUUGAGACGUCAGCCAAAACCAGACAGGGUGUGGAGGAAGCUUUCUAUUCGCUGGUACGGGAGAUUCGAAAAUAUAAGGAGACCAACCGCAGCAACAAGAAGAGCAAGAAGAACAAUCAGAGACGUUGCUUAAUACUAUAGCAAACCACACACAGCACCAGCUUCCUUUAAGGCACUUGUUUCAGGCUCCCUCACACACUGCAACUCCUCUGUCACUAUGGAGACCUUACAGUACAGCUCCAGUCCAGACAGGGUAGCAGGCAAAAUUCAUUUUUUACUGCUGUCAGUUUCCGCUAACAGUAUGUUGCUACAAGAUUCAUUCAUCCGACGUGCAGUUAUCUAUGUGAAUUCGGCAGGUUGUUGUUGUUUUGUUUGUUCUGAUGAACAACCAAAUAGAAGCGCUAGUUUUAAGAGGUAUGUCUUUCUUUUUGGUGAAGGUCAGCAUUUGUGAGAACUUGAAUUGCAUCCUUGGUAGAAAGGUGUCUUUUCACAAACCUGUGAGAAGUCGUCUAUCGAUAUUUCUGAUUAUAUAUAAUCCGGCCGGUGUUUUCAGCCCCUCUUGACUUUAAAGGGGCAGUAAGCAAUUUUAAUCGAAGGGAAUAAUUCAGGGAAUAAUUCCUCGCAGUCCACUAGCUGUUGGUUUUGUGUGCGCCGAUAAAAAUCUGGGUUUUUCGGCACGGACUGCACCACACUACACUAGUGUGCGGUUUCUAAAACAUCACAUGGCUACUGCUCAGGGGUUUUGGCCUCGUGGUUAGUGCGUCCGUGGGUACCGUCCGAGGCUGUGGGUUCGAGCCCAGACCAGCGUGGUCAGAAAAUCAACAACAAACAAUCUUUCUCCUAAAUCGCUUUUAAGGGUCAAGGGUUCACAGUGGUGCAUCACUCCGCUUUGCAGUCACAUCAGGUAACGAUUUGAAUUCAGCUUCGAGGAUUCAACAAACUGUUCAAGUGAAUUGACUUCGGACUAAAUGGGAAAACAGCAUUCUAUUGAUUUGGAUACUUUUUUGUUGUGAAAAUAUUUUGCUUCCAGACAGAUUUUCUUUCUGUCUUCCCCUGGUGUUUUUUCAUAGGAUGGUGUGGGUCCUCUGGGGCUUGAAACACAACAGCAAUAUAGUUGGGUUUAUAUUCUCCUCACAAAGAUCAUAUGUUAAUGAAAACACUGAUGUAUGAUAGCUUCACCACAGUAACAACAUCUUCAAAAUUGUGUUCCAGACUCCUUGGUGCACUUAAUUCAUUUGCUGUAAAGUGUUUAUUCUCAUAGAAUUUAGGAUUAGUGCUAGUGCCAGUUCAAAGGUUUACUCAGGAACAUGUUUUGUCAGAAACUGAGGAAUAACAGUAGUGUCAAAAGAUUGGUUGUGAUCUGAUAUAAUUCAAAGAAUCAGGCGUGCUGUUUGUUCAGCCCACACAGUCGCACUGGAUCCCAAAGUCCACUUUACAAUGAUUUUUUGUGUCAGUCCCAGUGUUGGUGGUGGUUUUAGUUGUGAGUCGUCGUGUCCAAUCACAGCUUAUGCUACACAUAACUCUACCAGAUGAUGUGUGUGCAAAUAUCCAUAUAUGGUAAUAUGUAACCAAUGUUUUCACUUAGCAGCCUCACAGUGACAGACAGUCUUGGGAUCUUAUCGUACUUGAUGCUGGGCAUAAGCAUAUUCAAAAGCAUAAGCAUUUUUUUAUAGCAGUGUUUGUCUUUGAUAAUUACCAUCGCUCUUAAAUGUAAUAGAUUUUAAAAUUUCUAUUUUUGUAGCAUACCAGAUUUCCCCAAUUAAAAAAUAUCUGUAUUAAAGUAACUGCUGUCCACACAAUUACUAAAAUAAUAUCAAAGUUCAAUGAGCUAGCAUUAGCCCAGUUGUAUUCUGCUAACAGAACUCCUAAUACCCAUCUCAUCAACUGGACUAAAUCUCAUUCCUUUGUAGUAAAAAAAAAAACAACCCAAAGGAAACUACAAAAACAUUAUUUGAUCUGAACAAAUCUGUUACUGACGGCUAUGUUCAAUCUGUAAUGCACUCUGAUGUAACAAACAAUUAAACGACUAGCUUUUA